AUGGCUAUAAAACAAGUAGUAAUUUUAGAAAGUAAUAAUAUGUCAGUAAGUCAAAUAAAUACUAAUAGUCCAGUUAAAGAAGAAAAUAAUAGUCAAGUCAAAGAAGAAAAUGGUAGUCCAGUCAAGGAAGAACAUAAUAGUCCAGUCAAAGAAGAACAUAAUAGUCCAGUCAAAGAAGAACAUAAUAGUCCAGUCAAAGAAGAAUAUAAUAGUCCAGUCACAAAAAUGGUUGAAAUGAAGGUCAAUAGUUCAGUCAGAGAUAUAUCAAGUCUAGAGAAGGUAGAAAUAGGAGCAAUUUCUAACAUUAAAUCUAUAAGGUCGGUACCUGCUUUUAUAAAUGUUUUUAUUGAAAAUGUCCAGUUUAAUAUAGAAGUUGACACAGGUGCUUCUGUAAGUCUAAUGUCAUGA